UGGUUGUUCCUAUGGAACCGUAUUACGAAGAAGAGGAGGGGGAAGAUAGUGAGGAAAUGUUGGAUAAGUUUGAAGGUACCGAGGAAGAAUUAAUAUUUCCACCUAUUCUCGCGGAUGAACGUCGUGAAUAUAGUACUAAGGAAGAGUUUAUUUAUCUGCUUUAUAACGACAUGCUGAAAUAUUUUAUAAAAAAAUGGGAUGGAAAAUUUGUAACAGAAAAAUCCAGGAAGAAAUUCGACGCUGAUUCUGGCGAAGAGUCUGACGAAGACGAAGACGAAGACGAGGGCGCCGAAGAAAUUCAAGAUGGCGACCGUACGAAUAAACUGGGAAGAAUUAAGAGUGAAUCUAGAACAGGUUUCGAUCUGCCAUGGAAGUUAACAUUGCCGGAUGAGUUUGCAAACAUAACAUUUAUUAAUAAUAAUACAUACCAUGGUUACAUUAGUAGGAAAAUGAUGGAAGGCAAGGGCCUCUACAGAUGGUCGAAUGGCGCUCAAUACAAAGGGGAGUUUGAGCAAAAUCUCAUGCAUGGAAGAGGCUUAUUAGAGUGGAAUAAUAAUUGUUGGUACGAGGGCGAUUUCUUGAACGGUUAUCGCCAUGGUGGAGGACUUUUGGUGAAUGGAGAUAAUCGUUUCAUGUAUACUGGUCAGUGGUACAGAGGUUGCAGACAUGGAAAAGGUUACUGUCGUUUCGGUGAAAAUGAUUCGUACGACGGUGAUUGGGUGAUGGAGAAAAUGUCAGGUGUUGGGUUACGAAUUUACUCGAGUGGAUCUCGAUACGUUGGCCAAUGGAAAAAUGGACUUCGACAUGGCGUUGGAACCAUGGUUUGGACCAAUGGGGACGUUUAUCGCGGAGAGUGGAAAUGUGGUGCAAUGAAUGGUUAUGGAGAAUACAUUUGGGGGGGAUUUUUUAAUAAAACUUUCACUUGGCCUCAAGAGGCUGUUUAUAUGGGACAUUGGCGCCAUGGAAUGCGCCACGGAAAAGGAGAAUUAAAAUUAAAAUCGGUGGGCGGGGCUAAAUAUUCCGGGUACUGGAAGGAUAAUAAAAAGCAUGGCCAUGGAAUUAUAAUUGGAAAUAAUGGAGAGAAGUUUGAAGCUGACCCCUUAUUUUUAAACGACACUUUGGUUUCGUUCGACACCCCCAAUAGUACUUUAGAAGAUCAAUUAGAAACCAAAGACACGAGCACGUGUGUAAAAGAAAUCAAAUCAUUAUUUCUUGAUAAGCCAACUAAAUUAGAAAAGACUUCGAUAACCACCAUUUUGAGACCAGAACAGUCGCCAUCUUUGUCUUACUAUCUGACUCGUUUAUUAGACCCAAAACAUUUGGAACCACAUUUCGUGUCCUCGAUUCCAUCUGGAAAAUGUUACACUUGCGAGAACCAAUCUUGUUCCUGUUUGGAACCACCAAAUACAUCAAAAUUUGUUACAGAGACAAUUACAAGCGAAGAAAAAACUGUUACAAACAAUAUAAACGAUUUCGAAGCAAACUGGGAGCACGAACAGCGAUGGGUAUACAAUUGCUUAACGUUUCACAUGUCACGUUUGCGACAAAUUUACAAAGAUUACGCCAAAUUGUUUGCAACAUCACCGCCACAGUGCAAUCUCGCGAUGAGCAGGCUGUGCUUAUGGCAAUUAUGGCGAGAUUGCGGUAUCAACAAAAAAGGAUUAAGUUUGAUCGAGAUCGAUAAUUAUAUUGCAAAAAAUGAGUCCACGUUUGUAAAGGACCCCCAUGAUCCGUUCGAAAGGAUUGAAAUUUGGCAAUUUUUACACGCUUUACUGGAAGUCUCUUGGCAUUUAUAUACAAAACACAAUGACGUAGAACUCCAAGAAAUGAAUGGAAUACUUGCUGGCGGUUUGCAUAGAUUAUUGAAGAACGAUAUAUAUCCUCACGUUGGAAACCAUAUUGGUAGUUUAUGUCGUGAAUACCAGGAUUUAUUACCUAUGCAUUGUGUGUUUAAAUUGUAUCAGAACGUUGGUUAUCCAUGUUCUGCGAAAGAUCUUCUUCGAGCUACCUGUGUUUUAAAAGAUACACCAGGUCAACAGCCUUCGUCGAAGAGUGUUGAAAGUGUUGAAUAUUUUUCGGAGGGAAUUAAUGCGGUGACGAUAGGUGAGAAAGUUAGUUACCUGUUGAAAGUCGACGAGAUAUUUCCACCAUCGCGUGGCGUGGUCGAAAUAUCAAAAAAUUGUGAAAAUAAUCUGCUCCACGGAUUGAUAGUCUUUGAACAAUUGGGGGCAGUGAAGAUGGUGGAAAUCAUAACGUUAACAUGUCCUGGAAUCAAAGAUUCAAAUAUAAUUAUCAACAUGGAUUACGAGCUGACGUUUCUUGAAUUUUAUGAAAUAAUACUACAGGCAACGAACCAAUUGCUCUCUUCAAGGAAAGAGACUGAAAAAGAAAUACAAGGAAGACAAAUCACAGUAAAAAUGGACAACCUAUGA